AUGACAGAGGAUGAUGACCAAAAGGGAUAUACAUGGGAGGCGGGAUACGCAGAUGGGUUGAACAUUCGUGAGGUCCUGGAAGAGGAUGAGGGUGGUUCGAUUGAGAAGUCUAUUGCCAGAUUGAUAGCUGAAGCGAGGAAAAAACAUCGAACGCUUGAGAGGCCAACGAAAAUUCGUCUAGGAAUCAUGCGCUAUGUUUACAUUGCUAUUGACUGUUCACGAUCGAUGACAAGUAAGGUUAUGCCACCUUCUCGGUUUUUUAUCUUAAACGGUUUUAUUGACAAAUUCUUCGAGCAGAAUCCAAUCGCUCAACUAGGACUCAUUCUCGCAAAAGACAAAAAAGCCGAACGAUUAGUGAGCCUUACAGGUAAUAUUCGGGCAUUGAAAGAAAGUUUAUCAUCGUUGAAUGAAGCAAUAUGCAAUGGAGACUUCUCACUUCAGAAUGCUUUGCAGUUGGCCACAACGAAUUUAAAAAGUUUGCCAGGACAUGUUUCCCGUGAAGUAAUAGUGGUCAUGUCUAGUUUGUCUACCGUCGAUCCUGGAAAUAUUUUCUCCACUUUCGAGGUAAUCAGAGGUCACAAUAUACGUUGUUCAGUUAUUGGACUGGGUGCCGAAUUAUUUGUAUGCAAACAGUUGGUGAAGAUUACAAACGGUCGUUACGAUGUCGUCCUUGACGCUGAUCAUUUUGAACUGGUUCUGGGACAACAUACAGCUCCUCCUCCAUCGACAACUUCAACUGAAUGUAGCGCUAUUCGGGUGGCAUUUCCUCCGCACAUCAACAUCCAAGAGCGUUCUUUUUGCGUAUGUCAUCCAAUGUCUUCUCCGCUGUCGACGUCACGCGGUUUUCUAUGUGAGCAGUGUGGUGCGCGUCAUUGUUCCUUACCUGCAGAGUGUCGGAUCUGUCGGCUCACUCUCGUUUCUGCUCCUCAAUUGGCUCGUGCUUUUCGACAUUUGGUUCCACUUCCUGCCUUCACCCCUACGCCUGUGUCAGAAGGGUUAUGUAUGGCUUGUGAACAACCCUUGAGAGGAGAAGGCUUUAGGUGUAAGUCAUGUAGUGCGGUUUUUUGCUUCGACUGUGAUGUGCUUCUUCAUGAGAGCCUUCAUGUAUGCCCUAAUUGCGUUUAA